AGGAUGUUUAGCAGAUUCCUUGAAGCGUGCCUGCGUGCGUAGGAAGGAGCAAGCCAACCUGCAAACCCGCUGCCUUGGGCUCCGUGAGGAUGUUGAAUGAAGCUGCAGCAGAGAGGCCAUGGUUGGGUCAUCCCCCUUCAGGUCAUUCUCAAUGCACCCUGUCCAUUUCCUGCUCAGAUUUAAGGAUUUUCGGGACUGCAGGGAAAGUCCCUAGGGACCAGCAUUAGAAAGAAGGCAAUCACAUGAGAUUGACAUGAGUGGAGAGCACAGAAGAAAAGGCUGUGUCUUGUCCAGACCUCGAGAAGGGAGGGGGAGGGCGGUGGAGCCCUGGUUACUUUGCUGAAGACUGCGGAGCUAGCGCAGCCACAGCGCGACUGGGAAGAGAGCUAGCUAGCGGGGACGACCAGGCGGCCCGCUUGGGGGAAGGGAGGCGACGGCUCAGUGGGCCUCCAGGGUGUAUGUGUCAGUGCUUGUGAGUGUGAGCGUGUGUUUGUGUGUGUGUGUGUCUGGCGGAGGGCCAGGGUGAUUUCCCAUAAACCACAUGCCCCGCCAGCCCGCCCGCGCUUAAAAGGCUGUGCCGAGAGCUGGCCAGCGAAGCUCGGCCAGAGGAAAGUGAAAGUUCGCCUCGGUGUCCUCCGUGUCGCCGCUGCUUUCUGCAUCCCGGGACAGCGGCGUGGCCCUCGCCGGGGCGCAGGCUCUCCAGCCAGCAGUGAGCGAGGGAGCGAGCGAACUAGGGCGGCCAACACGCCGGGCCGGGACCCAGCUGCCCGUAUGACCGCGCGGGGCGCCGCGGGGCGCUGCCCUUCAUCGACAUGGCUGGGCCCCCGGCUGCUGCUGGUCUGUCUCCUGGUGAGCAGGAGCAUUGCCAAGGACGUGUCAGAACACUGUAGCCACAUGAUUGGGAAUGGACACCUGCAGGUCCUGCAGCAGCUGAUCGACAGCCAAAUGGAAACCUCAUGCCAGAUUGCCUUUGAAUUUGUAGACCAGGAACAGCUGGAUGAUCACGUUUGCUACCUUAAGAAGGCUUUUUUUCUGGUGAAAGAAAUAAUUGAGGACACCAUGCGCUUUAAAGACAACACCCCCAAUGCCAAUGCCACCGAGCGGCUCCAGGAACUCUCUCUGAGACUGAAGAGCUGCUUCACCAUGAAUUAUGAGGAGCAGAACAAGGCCUGUGUCCGAACUUUCCAUGAGACUCCUCUCCAGCUGCUGGAGAAAAUCAAGAAUGUCUUUAAUGAAACAAAAAUUCUCCUUGAAAAGGACUGGAAUAUUUUUAGCAAGAACUGCAACAACAGCUUUGCUAAGUGCUCCAGCCCAGAUGUGGUGACCAAGCCUGAUUGCAACUGCCUGUACCCUAAAGCCACCCCUAGCAGUGACCUGGCCUCUACCUCCCCUCACCAGCCCCCUGUCCCCUCCAUGGCCCCUCUGGCUGGCUUGGCUUGGGAUGAUUCUCAGAGGAGAGAGGGCAAUUCCCUCUUGCCCAGUGAGCAGCCCCUUCGCACAGAGGACCUAGCCAGUGCCAAGCAGCGACCACCCAGAAGCACCUGCCAGAGCCUCGAGUCACCAGAGACCCCGAACCAUGAGGACGGACUCACUGAGGGUUCAGAGCCUCAUCCUUCUGCAGAGGCUCCUAUCCCUGGUGUGGAAGACAUCCUCGACUCGUCACCGGGCACUAACUGGGUCCUAGAAGAAGCUUCUGGAGAGGCUAGUGAGGGUUUUUUGACCCAGGAAGCAAAGCUUUCUCCCUCCAAGCCUGUAGAAGACAGCAUCCAGGCAGAGACGGACAGAUCCAGCGACCUCUCAGCAUCUUCUCUACUCCAUAAAUCAACAGAGGACCAAGAGCCAGCAGAAACAGGCACCCCACUGCCAGAGGUGAACACUAUGAGACCCACUGGCCAGACGCAGAAUCACACUCCUGAGAAGACAGACAGUUCAUCUAUGCCGCCUGGAGACCACCAGGAGCCAGGAUCUCCCCACAUUUCCACACUGGGUCCCCAAGGCCUCAGCAACCCAGCCACCCCCUUUGCUCAGGCACUGCUUCCCAGAAGCCACUCUUGGGGCAUUGUGCAGCCCCUUGGGGAGCUUGAGGGCAAGAGAAGUACCAGGGAUCGAAGGAGCCCCACAGAGCUGGAAGGAGGACCAGCAAGUGAGGGGGCAGCCAGGCCUGUGGCCCAUUUUAACUCCAUUCCUUUGACUGACACAGGCCAUGAGAAGCUGCCUAGGGGAUCCUCUGACCCCCAGAUCUCUGGGUUUGUCUUCCAUCUGCUGGUGCCGGGCAUCAUCCUGGUCUUGCUGGCUGUUGGGGGCCUCCUGUUCUACAGGUGGAAGCGGAGGAGCCAGAGCCAUCGAGAGUCUCCGACAUUGGAUUCUUCUGUGGGGCGACCAGAGGGCAGCCCCCUGACCCAGGAUGAGGACAGACAGGUGGAACUGCCAGUAUAGAAAGGGUUCCAAGCUGGGCACACAGGACUAUCUCUUUAUGGAAGGAGACAUUAUGGGAAUGUCCACCACCACCCUCUCCUGCCAUCUUCCUGGAAACGUGGCCUGCUACUACCAGAGCUCCUGCCUACCAAGACUGGACAAGAGCAGCCUUGAUGGGGGUCUUUCUGUUUUAACCCUUAGACUCUCAACUAACUGAGAGAGGGCUGGAGGAUGCCUCCUAAACUGUUACUAUUUAUUGUGGGCCCUGGAGGCUCUCUGCACUUGAGGAAGGCCAGCGAGCUAGCUCAGGACCCUUUCCCUCAGGAGCUGUACCCUCCUCUCAAAGCCAGAAGUUGGCAAGGGACCUGCCUGCCUGUAUGGCACAUGAGAGACCAGGGCACACAAGAAGGAGCAGAAGAGCCUGUGCCCAGAAGACUCACUGGUGCCAAGGAAUCCAACAAGGACAGGCAGGGACCUGUUUCCCAAGAGGGAAGCCUGAGAUUCACAGGGCGGGACAGCAUCUGCCCGAUUUCCCGUAAAGGCAUAAAGGCAUGCAGCCUAAAAGACGGGAAGAGGAGGCCUUUGGCUGCUUGUGCUGACAACUUAAAGGGGUCUACACCCUCCACUUGCCUAAGUGCCCUCAGCUGAUAGCCAGGAAGGAGGGGAGACCAGCCCUGCCUCAGGACCUGUCUGACCUGGCUCAUGAUGCCAAGAGGAGGACCAAGCUCUAGCCUCGUCUCCUCCUACCCACAGCCCCUGCCAGAGUUCUUUUGCCCAGCAGAGGCACCCCUCAUGAAGGAAGCCAUUGCACUGUGAAUACUGAACCUGCCUGCUGAACAGCCUGUCCCAUCCAUCCCCAUGAGCGACCAUCCGUCCGAAUGUUCUCCCACCCUCUUCAUCCUCUCCUCAGCUUCCUGCACUGAGCUGGCCUCAUCUAUCGACUGAGGGAGCACCUAAGCCCCGACCUUCCCCUGCCUAGCCUUUGAUUGCCGGGGUGGAGCUGUGGGACAGCUGCCUGGGCUACCAGCCAGAGCUGGUCUUUGGGCUGUGUUCCUUGCCCAGGUUUCUGCAUCUUGCACUUUGACAUUCCCAGGAGGGAAGUGACUAGUGGAAGGGAGAAAGGAAGGGGAGGCAGAGGCAGAAGGGCCACAGGCAGAGCUCUGAAUGGAAAUAGGUCUUGAAAAUAUGUGUGUGCCCAAGGUUAAAGUUGAUGUCCACACUCUAACCUGUCAGCCAGCCUCCGUGCCCAUUGCUUCCAGCCUGGAGCUGGGCAGGUUGUCCUGUCAUGAGCUCCUGGGACUGAGCUCCAUGCUCCAGCCCCACCCUCUUCAGGCCUUUUUUCUCCAGACUUGACCCAGGUAGGCAGGGACACCCUCCCAGUCUCACCCACCCCACCCUGCCAUCUCUAGCCAAGCCAGGCAGCUCUAGAGAGUAAUCAAGAAAGGGGCUGUCUACUUCCAGCUCUGCUGUGUGACCCUGUUCCCUGGGCCAGGCCUUGUCUGUGGCUCUGAGGCCUGGGCACGGGUGGCAGGGCUCUCACUUGCCCUUGGUCUCUUUAUGCUGCUGUGUCCCCCUUUCCUGCCCUCCUUGGCUACUGGGUCCGUAACCUUUCAGGCAAGGUGGGAGGGGUGUUCCGUAGGCCCCACCACCCUGUCCUGAGACAGCAGAGGGAAGGACACUGGAGACUUUCUUGUGGGGCUUACUUAGCCUUCUAGUUACAGACUAUUUCCAUGCUAGAAAAAUACAUAUUUUAAAAUAGAAGGAAAAACACAGAAAAAAAAAGGCAUUCUCCUACCCCUCUACCUUAAACAUGUAUUAUUAAAAACAGAAGAGCAAAUCCAACCCAUUGCAAGAAGCUCUUUGUGGGCACCUGGUUCCAUCGGAGCAGGAGGAGCUCCAAACCCUCCUUUGGAGCCUCCGCUGCACGGGAACCCCUUCUUUCCUCUAAGAGAGCCCGGAGAGAACAUCGGCUCACAGACUGUGAGAUUGCAUUUUUUUUUAUACUUGGAAGUGAAUUAUUUUAUAUAAGGUCAUUUAAAUAUCUAUUUAAAAAAUAGGAAGCUGCUUUUAUAUUUAAUAAUAAAAGAAGUGCACAAGCUGC